GAUGUUUGGGGAUCCGAAGCGGUCCUGAAGCUACACGCCAGCCUUAGGACACAAACUAAUUAAAAUGAACACCGCAGUGCACGCUUUGCCAUGAGCGUGUGAACGGUGGUCUCUAGAUUAUGGCCUGUUUGGUGCCUGUCGCGGUGAUUUCCACCACAACCCUUCCGCAUUUUCCUGCUGCUCUCGGGCUGUGACGUGUCGUGCUGACGGCGGCCUCGGAGCUGGAGGAGCGUGGGGCUGUAGCAUGACAAGAUCUGGCUCCAGACGUCCUGCUUUGCUUUCAGCGGUGCUCCAGAAACAACCCCUAACCCCUCCUUCUCUGCUCCUCUCCGGCCCGCCCAAAUAACACAAAAUUCCCGACUGAAUCCUGCCCGAGUCUGGGGGAACCAGGCGGCCUGGGAAGCCGAGGAGUGGACGGAGGCCAUCCCUGCAGCAUAAAUCUGCUCUCCAGUAACAAAUGCAGUGCGAGGACAAUGGAUGAGGAUGUCACCAGGCUUGCAAUACAUUCUGAAGAGCCUAAAAUAAUAUUACACGGAUCGGAUGAGGGUGGUGCCGGCGGGCAGGAGUUUGUUGUGGAGCUUCAAGAGACUGUGUUGGUGUCAGAAGGCGAGGGGGAAGGCAUGGCAGUUCACAGGUUUGCCCCAGACGAGCUAGUCAUCCAGGAUGCUGUUGAGGAUGUGGUAUCUGAGUAUGUGCACUGCGAUGAAGAUGAAGAUGUUGCUGUAGAAACCUGCGUGAUGGCUCUGGAGGGCGAGGAGGAAGGUGUUGCCAUGGGAGACAUCCCUGAAGAUGGGCUGGACCCAGAGCAGCAGGAGGACGACCAAGACGGCUGUGGAGAUUAUCUAAUGAUAUCCUUGGAUGAAGCUGGUAAAAUGGUGUCUGAAGAUGGAACUGAGGUUACAGUGGAGGGAGCUGUGGAGGACCAGGAAGUGGAGAAGGAUGAGGAUGGACAGGAGGUGAUAAAGGUGUACAUCUUCAAGGCUGAUUCUGGGGAGGAUGAUAUGGGAGAGUCUGUUGACAUCAGUGACGGAGACACAGAGACCAUGGCGCUAACGGAGUCUUCAGGCCAAACACUCAGAGAGAAGAUGGUUUACAUGUCUGUCGGGGACUCUCAUCACAAUCAAGGAAGCCAUGGUGGGUCCAAGGUGACUGAUGAGGUUUAUAUGGAGGUGGUGGUAGGAGGCGAAGAGCCAGUAACUCACGACCGCUCGUAUGACAGCGUGUCUCUAAGCAAGGACUUCAUGCCUGUGGCCUGGGCAGCUGCUUAUGGUGCAGAGGACAGCGAGAGUUGUGAAAACCGGAACGGUGCAGCCUCGGCUCUGCUGCACAUUGACGAGUCGGAUGGGGUUGAUGAAAUCAAUAGACAGCGCAGCAAGAACAAGAGACGGUCAGAGCCUCGACAGGUCCAGACAGCCAUCAUCAUCGGUCCAUAUGGUCAACCGCUGACAGUUUACCCCUGCAUGCUUUGUGGUAAAAAGUUCAAGUCGCGAGGCUUUCUGAAGCGCCACACUAAGAAUCAUCACCAGGAUGUUCUGACCAGGAAAAAGUACCAAUGUACAGACUGUGAGUUCACCACCAACAAGAAAGCCAGCCUCCACAACCACAUGGAGGUGCACGCUCUGAGCAGCAAGGCCCCUUUUGAGUGUGAAAUGUGUGGCAAGGAGUUCCACCAGCAGGCGGCGCUGUUCUCUCACAGACUGCAGCAUCACCACCGGGAGCCCAAGAACCAGCCACCUCCACCGCCCACCAAGAUGCAUAAAUGCAAGUUCUGUGACUAUGAAACUGCUGAGCAAGGACUGCUCAAUCGACACUUGUUGGCCGUUCACAGUAAAAGCUUCCCCCACAUCUGUGUGGAAUGUGGAAAAGGCUUUCGACAUCCAUCAGAGUUGAAGAAACACAUGCGCACACACACUGGCGAGAAACCCUACUCCUGCUUGUACUGCGAUUACAAGUCGGCCGAUUCCUCUAAUCUCAAAACGCACAUCAAGACUAAGCAUAGCAAAGAGAUGCCAUACAAAUGUGAGCGCUGUUUCCAGACCUUUGCAGAGGAGGAGGAGUUAAUGCAGCACGGACUAACACACGAGGAGAAUAAGACCCACCAUUGUGCCCACUGUGAUCACAAAAGUUCCAACUCCAGUGACCUAAAACGCCAUAUCAUAUCUGUUCAUACUAAGGACUAUCCACACAAAUGCGCUGUGUGUGGGAAAGGCUUCCACCGGCCGUCUGAACUGAAGAAGCACUCAGUAUCCCACCGCACUAAGAAACUCCAUCAGUGCCGGCACUGCAACUUUAAAAUUGCAGAUCCUUUUGUUCUCAGUCGCCACAUCUUAUCUGUCCACACAAAGGAGCAGCAGGCCUCACCUGAAAAGAGUGAGGCUAAGAGGACAGAGACACACACUCCUGUUGCAACACCUAAAAAGUCUGCGCCUAGCGGGUCGAGCGCCUCCGGUCCACCAGCUAGAGUCAGUGCAGCCAGCUUAGCCAGCAGUGUGACUGUAGUUAUUGGCAAAGGACAAAAAGAAAGGAGAAUUUACCAGUGCCAGUACUGCGACUACAGCACCGGGGACGCAUCGGGUUUCAAGCGACACGUGAUUUCCAUUCACACAAAAGACUAUCCACACCGCUGCGAGAUCUGUUCGAAAGGCUUCCGGCGACCCUCAGAGAAGAACCAGCAUAUCAUGCGCCACCACAAGGACGUGGUGCAGGCAGAGUGACUCUGACCGAGCCAAAUACUGUGCCACAACAAAGAACAAUGUUGAAACAUCCAUCACACCCCAAUCACUGCACCCUCAGCGCGACACCGUUCACAUUGAAACAGUGUGGUGUGUGCUGCACUUAGUCCGUUCUGUUGUUUUGCUCUUUUCGAUCCUCAGCCUAAUGUUUGUUCAGAAAUGUAAACACAUGUACAUAACAUUAACGCUCUGUCAGAGUUAGCAACCGAGCCCCUCUGUAGACUUGCACUUUUAACUGCAUGUCCCUUGCUGGUGACAGUGUGCAUGACAGAUUGUGCAGACAUCUCUUUGUAGAUACACAUUUUUUUUUUAAUUUUGCAGGUAGCAAUCAGUUCUCAAUCACGAUGGUCCUAAUUAUUUGUCUUAAAGCUGAAGUGUAAUUUUCAAAAUGUUUGCAUCAUUUUGUUAAGAUGUACUUAACACAGCAGUAUGGAUUAGCAACCUGUUCCCAGUAGCACUUGGUAAAAUCUUGUGUCUGAGUGUGGUGUGUGUGUGUGUGUGUGUGUGUGUGUGUGUGUGUGAGAGUGUGUGAGAGAGAGAGAGUGCGAGUGGGAAUGUGAGGGACAAAAAAAAGCAACUGUUGUGCUUCCUGGUGCUCUGACCCCCACCACUCUGUAACAUAAUGCUUUUUGUUGUGUUAAGGAAACACAAUGCUGACUGUGUGCGGAGAAAAGAAGCAGUUUCACAUGUACACAUAAACCGUGACGCGAUCCUUACCACAUUGCUUGAUUAUCACAUGUCCAAUAUUUCUGUUUGAAGUCAGUAAGUGUACUGUAAGUUAUUCAGAGUAAGUGCCCAAAAGAAAAGAGAUGAAGUCCUGACUGACAGUAUUUUACUCAUUAAUGCUACCUGGGGAGUGAAAUCCCAUGAAUUUGAAACAGCAGCUUCCGUGUGAGAAAGACAAUGUUGCCUCCUUGCGUGCGUUUUCAACAUUUUAACCAUGAUGAGCUGUUCAUACAAAUUUUUUUUUUUUUUUUUUUUUUGCAUCUAUGAAUUGACAUAUCUGUUAAUUCAGAGAAGAAACACCAUCUACAAACACCAGUAUGAUAUCAAUAUUAGGCUGGGUUAAAAAAUACAAACUUCACAUCAGAGUCCCAAUAUAACUGUGUCGUCUAAAUGGGAAUCGAACAGUAUAUCCGCUGCUGCUGUUAUGAUACUAUGGACUAAACACUUUGUUUUCGCCCACACAGAUGUACUUUUGCCAGUAGAAAGGGAAAAUGUAUAUCUUUUUAGAUGCAACUUCAGAUGACAGGUGCUGGUGGUGUACAUGUACUUUGGCUUUUUACAUUUUUUUUGUUAUCACCUGUGAUUUUUUUCUGUUUUUAUAUUUAUUUCAUUUACAAGUUGUUGUAUAGGUAAGUGUAACUAGACUUCUAUGGGACGUAAAUUAUUGUUUUGUAUACAAAUCUGUACAAAGCGUGUAGAUGUAAACACUUGAUAAAAAGGAAAUCUCAACUGUGUUGUUAUGGAUGUACUUCAGCGUAUUUGUUAAAAAAAGAUAAUAAAGCAAAGUAUUUUA